AUGGAUGAGUCUGUAAAGUCCACCUCCCGACUGGAUGUUUCAGUUUCUUUCGGUAGAUUUGAAAAUGAUGAGCUUUCUUGGGAAAAAUGGUCCUCUUUUUCACCAAAUAAAUACUUAGAGGAAGUGGGCAGUUUAUCUACACCGGGAUCAGUUGCCCAAAAGAAGGCAUAUUUUGAAGCACACUACAAGAAGAUUGCAGCUAAAAAAGCCGAGGAAAUGGAGCAGGAACAAUCAGCUGGUCCCAUUGUUCGGACAUUAAACAAGGAAGACAGUUUUGAAAAUUCAUCUGAGCCUGAUAGUUGUCAUGGUUUGUCCAAUGGUGAGAAAUUAGCCGAAGAAUGUGCGACUGCAGAGCCAAAUGCUUCCAUUUUAAAUGUGAACAAAGAUGAAAAUAGUGAUAGAUUGUCUGAGAGAGAUGAGUCUAGAAAUUAUUAUAUGAAUAGUUUAAUGAAUGAGGUUAAUUCACACGAGGAGAAAAAGGAUAUUAUUGCUGUUGUGGAGUGUGAAAGCGUGAAAGUCGAGGAAGUUGGUCACGAAACGAAUGUCAAUGAUGUGGAUGAGUCUAAAUUAGUCGAAGUCGAAAAAGAUUCUGUAUCAGUUGUUGAACCAGAGACUACUCCGAAGGACUCUCAAGGUGUAGUGGCAAAACGUCCCGCUAAGAAAAGUAUCAGAGAACAACAAACAAGUGUACUGAAAAAGGAAAAUUCCAAGUCAAGCCCACGUACCAUAACUCGAAAGGUAACAACCCCAACCAAUAAGGAUAAAACUCCAGCUGUGGCAAAGAAAAAAGUUGUAUCGCCAUUGACAAAACCAUUGCAAGCAGCAGCUUCUCGGUAUUCAAAGCCAACAUUGAUGUCAACAACACUUAAACAAGCCUCUCAGUCUUCAAACAAGAAGACAAAUGGGUCCCCAAUCCCGAAAAGCAAUGACUUUUUGGUUGAGAAAGGCAAAAAAAUUACACCCACAUCAUUGCACAUGUCACUUAGUUUAGGUCCCACAAGUUCUUUAGGAGGGCUCCCUAUGACGAGAAAUUCUUUGAUAAUGGAGAGGAUGGGAGAUAAGGAUAUCGUAAAGCGGGCUUUCAAGACUUUUCAGAAUCGUGCUAAUGGAUCAUUAAUGGCUGAUAAGAAACCAAGUUCGGUGAAGAAUGUUUCUUCUUCGGCUGUAUUGGAGCCAAAGGUCACGAGUUUUCGCACUCCAACAAAGGGGAAUAUCGGAUUUAGGAAGGACACUGAGAAGACAACUACCCCAAAGAGUCAUCCAGGAUCUAAAUCAAAUCCUCUGCCCUCUGGAUCACACAAAAGCUCGGGUCUGGGUAGGAAGAAUACGAUUGUGCCCUCACCAAGUACUGGCUUGAAAAUUGAUGAAAAAUCUGAAAAACGGAAAGAGUUCCUAAAGAACCUGGAGACAAAAUCAAUUGCCAGAGUGGCUGCAAAUGCUCAGAGGUUGGUGAAAAAGUGA